GACAUCAUUCAAGUGCUUACAGAUGCCAAGGAGGUGGUAUGCUCCAUCAUUCAAGUGCUUACAGAUGCCAAGGAGGUGGUAUGCUCCAUCAUUCAAGUGCUUACAGAGACCAAGUAGGUGGUAUGCUCCAUCAUUCAAGUGCUUACAGAGACCAAGUAGGUGGUAUGCUCCAUCAUUCAAGUGCUUACAGAGACCAAGUAGGUGGUAUGCUCCAUCAUUCAAGUGCUUACAGAGACCAAGUAGGUAGUAUGCUUCAUCAUUCAAGUGCUUACAGAGACCAAGUAGGUGGUAUGCGCCAUCAUUCAAGUGCUUACAAUGACCAAGUAGUUGGUAUGCUCCAUCAUUCAAGUGCUUACAGAGACCAAGUAGGUAGUAUGCUCCAUCAUUCAAGUGCUUACAGAGACCAAGUAGGUGGUAUGCGCCAUCAUUCAAGUGCUUACAAUGACCAAGGAGGUGGUAUGCUCCAUCAUUCAAGUGCUUACAGAGACCAAGUAGGUGGUAUGCUCCAUCAUUCAAGUGCUUACAGAGACCAAGUAGGUGGUAUGCUCCAUCAUUCAAGUGCUUACAGAUGCCAAGGGGGUGGUAUGCUCCAUCAUUCAAGUGCUUACAGAUGCCAAGGAGGUGGUAUGCUCCAUCAUUCAAGUGCUUACAGAUGCCAAGUAGGUGGUAUGCUCCAUCAUUCAAGUGCUUACAGAUGCCAAGUAGGUGGUAUGCUCCAUCAUUCAAGUGCUUACAGAUGCCAAGUAGGUGGUAUGCUCCAUCAUUCAAGUGCUUACAGAUGCCAAGGAGGUGGUAUGCUCCAUCAUUCAAGUGCUUACAGAUGCCAAGGAGGUGGUAUGCCCCAUCAUUCAAGUGCUUACAGAUGCCAAGGAGGUGGUAUGCCCCAUCAUUCAAGUGCUUACAGAUGCCAAGUAGGUGGUAUGCUCCAGAGAAACAGAAAUACAGCAAAGCACUUUUUCAAACUAACAUAAAAAAGAAAACAAAUAAAAACAUGGGAACACAUUUAUUUUGAAAUGUACUUAUGAUGUGAUAGUGUACUGUCUGUAAACUGCGAGAAGUACUUUGUAUAUUGCCAAUGAUAUGAAUAUUUAUUUGGUACCUGUGUUUUUUAAAUUAUUGAUGAGAUUGUUUCUACAUUUACCAAUGUUAUUAUUUUUUACUUUGUUGUAACCAACCAGGCGUACCCCUCACUCAAAUGUAUGGUAACAAGAGAUGUUGUCAAAACAAAUGGUCAAUCUGGCUUGUCAAACAUUACUUCGUUUUGUUAAUUGGUGUAACUGGCUAGUGCAACUGAACAGACAAAACACAUAAAAUGUACUUAUCAAAUCCUCUUUUUCCAUUUUUGGGCAUGAGCUCACACUCAACUGACUCCAUUUUGUCCUGCCCAUGACCAUGUUUUGUACUUCAACCCAGGUUGGGAUAAUCUCUUGUCAGUUUUGACACCACUGUACCUACACCAAUUAGGCCUAGCUUUGGCCUUCCAUGUUGCUCAUAGAUUGCCGUUCUGUUCAGAGCAUGGGGGAUACAGCUUCGUUCCACUCUAUGUUAACACAAAUAUGUAAUUGUCAUGAUUUUCUUUUCACCACCAAUCAAUUAUUUUAUGGUGAAUGUUGAGUCAUGAGGCUAUUGUGAACACUGUAACAUGUAAACAAUAAACUAUCGAGUAUUUGUUUUAAUGUCA